CUCCCUCUCUCCACGCACAACGCGCUUCUUUUAUUUUUUUUCUUUCUUCUGGUCCGCGUCGCUGCCCUCGCUCUAGGGUUAGGGUUCCUGUGAGUUUACUUUCCGGCGUCAUAAUUCGGCCAAAUUAUGUUGCCGGAGAUCGCUGCCUCGAUCCUAGAAUCUCGUCCUUCCCUUCGUUUCCCUCUCAGCCAGCUCUCGGUACUCGCCAGGUCCUCGAUGGAUUGAGAUUGGACUUCUAUUCAUCUCUGGGUUGGCUGUUGUAGAAAGAAAUGCCUGCUGGUUCUCAACCUGGAAGUACAGAGACAUACAUGAUAUCUGGGGUUGGAUCUGUUCCAAAUAUGACCAUCUUUCCUCCGCCAGCUGGAUUUGAACUUAGGGGUAAUGAAAUACCAUCAGAAUAUGUUUUUGAUCAAGGUCAGAAUUAUCUUUCUACUGGCAAUUAUGGUUAUAUUUAUACUGGAUAUGAAUCUGCAGGUGAAUGGGGUGACCCUCAUAGUACAUAUGGUUUAGAUAGUCAAGAUCUCCAUUACAUGGGUAUGCAGGCUGAAAGUAUGCCAUACAUGUAUUAUAACCCUGGCUACGGGUAUUCUCAGAUUCCUUAUAAUCAAUAUACUUCUUAUGUUCCUGGUCCUGUUGCUGGUCUUGAUGGUCAAUUCGUAGGAGUUCAACCGUACUUGAACAUCCCCUCCUACCAAAUCUCUUCGCCUUCCUAUGUACCAGUUGUUGUCCAACCUAGUUCAGAUUUUGUACCAACAACCUCAAUUGAAUCAGCUUUUGUUGGCAGCGGCACACAAGUCAUCACUAGAUCUGCUAAUGCUGGUUCAAAAAUUACACCAAUACAUGCAUCUGUCAAUGCAGCUUCCUCUGCACAGCUAACAACUUCAGCACCUAUGUUAGUCCUGUCUGAUGCCUCUCAGCCAUCACAAAACAAUCAAGCUGCACAUAGACCUUCAGAAGGGUUACAAGUCAACAUUCGAUCAAGUAAUCUGUCCAUGUCACAGCAAACUACGAUGCAGAAUAUCAGUGUCCAUCCCCAUCAGGGUGCAAAUUCCAAUGAGAUGCAAGCAGCCUUUCAGUUUUCAAAUGGGAGGACUCCAUAUGCUCAGAGUUAUGCAGACUUUGCCGGCACUUCUAGCAAUGGUUUAAGUGAUCCUGGAUCCAAUGUUCCUGGUUGGGCCAGGCUAGAUAAGCAAAGACAGGGACCCCAGUUUACUGUUGCUCUCAGAAAUUCAGAUAUUUUCGGUGAACAGAACAAGGGACCGAGAAAAAACAGGGCAAAAGAUCAGUCUACUUUGAAUAGCCUUGACUCAGCUGAACUUGUUCAAAGAAGUGAUAAUGUUGUUCAAGAAGGACGUAUAAUUAUCAGGCCUGACAAUUACAAUAAGGAUGACUUUCCUAUUGAAUAUCCUGAUGCAAAAUUUUUUGUUAUCAAAUCAUACAGUGAGGAUGAUGUGCAUAAAAGUAUCAAGUAUAAUGUGUGGUCAAGCACUCACAAUGGGAACAGAAAGCUUGAUAGUGCCUAUGCAGAUGCACAAAGAAGAUCUAUAGGAAAACCAAGCAACUGCCCUGUCUUUCUUUUCUUUUCUGUCAAUGCAAGUGGCCAGUUUUGUGGUCUUGCUGAAAUGGUUGGUCCUGUUGACUUUGAAAAAGAUAUGAAUUUUUGGCAGCAAGAUAAGUGGUCUGGAAGCUUUCCAGUAAAGUGGCACAUGAUCAAGGAUGUGUCAAAUGCAAGUCUUCGUCACAUUGCGCUAGAGAACAAUGAGAACAAACCUGUAACUAAUAGCAGAGACACGCAAGAGAUACCAUAUGGCGCAGGCAUAAAUAUGCUAAAGAUUUAUAAGAGUAACCUGAUGAGGACGUCAAUACUUGAUGAUUUUAUGUUCUACGAAGAGCGGCAGAAGAAGAUGCUUGAAGAUAAAUUAAGGAAUCUCGGGAGGACCUUUGAUGCAUCUCAUUAUAUGCCUGCAUUUGUUAUCUUCAAUAGACAAGAUGGCAAUGCAGAAGUGUCUUUGAGGGCAGAUGGUAAUCAAUCAAGUGAUAGGGGACAGGUCACCAUUGCAGUUGGCCAUCAGCCAGCCAGUAGUUCAGAACAACCUUUGAAACAUACAGAAACAGCUCAAGAUGAUUCGGUAUCUAGGCCUUUGAAAGUUGCUGGAAAAGAUGAGGGUGUUUCAGCUAAUCAGUUUCAGAACACAGAUGAUAAAUUGAUCGCCCCUGCUGUUUCCUUGCCUAACAAGGCAAAUGAGGAACAUGCUACAAUAGAUGUAAAGGACCAAAUACCCGUAGAAAAUGGUGAACAACCAAAUGUUGCUAGUCACAAUCAAAACGCGGAAGCUAAAAUGAAACCUACAGCCAAUCAUCUUCCAAAAUCUGAUGAAAAGCAGCCAACUGUGGCAAAUCAGCUGAAAGCAGAAACAAAACCACCAAGUUCUGAUGUUCACGGAAAAGUAGAUGGAACACACUCAAAAUGGAGAAUUAGUCGCCCUCUAUCAUCCAAUGAGAAUACUAACAGAUUGAAGGAUGUCAAUAGUGUGGGCAAGUCUGUCUCUGGAGAGGAACAACUUAAGAAAAACACUCAUGUCUCUGAAAGUUCUUCUGUCAAAGUAGCACAGCCGAAAUUAGAUUCAAAUGGCAAAGAUAAAGAUGGUGUGCCAUCUGUUGGUCCAAAGCAAGUUGCAUCCAGAGACUUGGGCAACGUGGAAUUAGAAGUCAUUCCCACUGAUUUUGUGACGGUUGGUUCAAUGCAAAUACAUGUAAAGGAUCUCGGUCAGUCAUUUUCUAGUGUCACGCUUGGUGGAUCCAUGCGGAAUGAUGAAUCUAAGGGAAUGAAGUUGGGCAAGAAGGGUACUUCAGCUGACAGUCUGCAACUGAAGAGACGUUAAAUGGUCUGGUUGCUCUAAUUGUUUUUUGCUUCUCUGUAUGGGCCUUUUUAGCAGUUCAAUGAGGUUUGCUGUUGGACUGUGCCAUUCUUAAUUAUCUAAAGGUGAUUCUACUUUAGGGUUUUUCUUCUUUAGUUCAAUUGGCGAUGGCUAGGGAUUGACUCCUGGUGGAAUUUCAGUUUGCUUUUGGAUGCUGGUUUUGUUACCCGCGGUUGUGUUUUGGGAAGACAUAGGUUUAAGGUGUUGGAUAAUUCUUUUUUUCUCCAAUUGUUGAUGAAAUCUUAUUUUGAGAUGUUACAACAUGUCACUCUUUUUGUUACUUUUGUGACAUCAAAAGUCUGAUACAGUAUAGUGGUGAAUUAUACA